AUGUCCCAGUGUCAAAUAAAUUAUAGCAAUUAUCAAGUUGCUAACUGCAAUCCUUCACAUAGUAUAAAUUUUCAAGCUAAUGGAAACCUUCCACAACUUCCUGUUGUGGGUCAAGAGUCACCAAGAACACAAGAUUUUUGUUCAACUCAGCAUGUUCCUAGUGCACAGAUACUAGUACCAGCUACAUCAGCUGGCGGAUACCAUCAAGAAUGCACUAUUGCUCAAGAAAGGUGCUUAAAUACUGCAGAAUCUCCUCCACCAGAACCAGAUUCAACAACACCAACAAAGCCUCCAGUCAUUCUUACUAAUGAAGUGAAUGUGUCAGCAAGCGAAACAGUGUCUCAGACCGUAGUUUCUCCUAACCAUAUUGCAUGCAGUUGUUGUCCUGGCAGUUCCUGCCUCAAGGCAAACCCUGUCUAUGUUUUAAGCCCUAGUGUUCAAUUUGUCAGUCACUUACCACCACGUGUAUCGGAAGGAACUGAAGAUUGUGUUCGCACAACUGUUUCGGGUCCUGCAGCAAAGGGAUUGACAGGAAAUGUAGUUCAGGCAUUGAAUAUGGUAGCUCAGAAGUCUGUUUUGCCUGAUGGUAGUGAUUUACCUCUUCAUGAUAUCCAGACUCUGAGAUUCUACUACAACCUUGGGUGUGAUUGGUUUCGACAGAGCUGCUUACCAUUGCCAGUUCAUAUUGACCCAUAUGCUGGAAGUUUAUCAGCAGCAUCAGCAGCAGCAACACCUACAUCCCCAGAAAAUGAAGUAAGCAGCACAGUUCCUUGUCACUCCACACAACCAUACACAGGUCAUUUACAGCAAACAGGACAACAGAAAUUCACAGAUGAUCCACAAGGAUCUGCUAUUAUAAUGGACCAUGGGUGUGAAAACUCCAAUUUUAGUAGCAACAUGGGAUCUCCUGCUCACACAGUAGGAACUGGUAUGAACCAGCCAUGUCUGACAAUGUAUAAUACACAGUACAUGCCAGUGUACCCAGUUGAUGGAGAGACACAAGUUGUUCCUAUAUCAGUGCCUUACUUUCAUUAUCCAGUAGCUACUAAUAUACCAUUAGCUAUUACUCAGGAAACUGAUUCAAAAAAUGACACCUCAUCACUAGCUCAGACCAGCAAUUUGACACAGCCAGUUCCUGCUGAAAGUAGCUUCUAUCCUGGAUAUGCAUAUUACAAUAUUGCAACAGGCCCAUAUAUUCUCCAGCCAGGAACACUGUGUCAAUCUCCUGGAAUUGUACCUCAAAGUGCUUCUCCUAAAUGGAAUAUGCCAGUUUCAUUUCAUCAGUGUGCACAAUAUUCAUAAGGUGAGAUUCCAAAUUCUGUUAUGUCUGUAAAGUGUAUUGAAGAUUUCCUGUAUGUCUGUGAUGGUUGAUAGCUGUGAUGACA